AUGAGUGAUCAUCAGAACCCUGCGAACGGGUCUGUGGACUCCGGCGACGCCCCUCCAUCCAAGAAACCCUGUUUGAUCGAUACGCCACCCGUCGGCACUCCGGACGAGGGCAGUGAUUUCUAUAACACUCCCGUAGGAUCGGGGACGCCUGUGAUGAAAAUGAAUGACCUUACAACUGCGACUACUACUGAACCUUUACCUACCUCCGAAGCUAUCCCGAUGAUCCCUGGACUCGGCCUUGUCAGUCCAGCCGUUCAGUCUCCAAACGAGUCGACUAUGCAGGAAACCAAUGUUUCUGCUGCCCACCAGGGAGACGAUGUCCCAAUAGAGACCGAAAGUACACAAACAGAAGCCAAGGACUCUGCUGCUUCUUCGGAAGCCAUGGAUGUCGACGUGAAGGACGAGCGAUCCAAAACCGAAAAUGCGACUGAAGCCUCUGCUACACCGGUGGAGAACGAGGGACAAGAACAGGAAGAUGGAGAUGUGGAGGGGGAACACCCAGAAUGGGAGGAAGACUCUGACCCGUACGUUUCGUCGUCGGACAGCUCGUCCUCAGACUCAGACAGCGACGAUGAGGACUACCCCAUUUUGAGCCCCGAAGAGCAGGCCCGCAUUUUGAUGCUUGCCGAAGGUGGAUCUGACGACGAAGGCGACGGCAAGGGCAAGAGCGGCGGUGUCAUUCGUUCGGCCAACGAGGUUGUGGAAGACGUCCUGCCAAUCCCGGAAGUCACGAUUACUCCCGAGAUGAAGGUUGUGCUGCUUGGAAGAAUCCAAACUGUCAUUGACAAUGCAGUCUUGAUUGAAGCCAAUACCUCUGGUGAAUACCAAGUCCUCGAGUCAGGCUCUUUGCUCUGCUCCGAGAACCGUGAGGUCAUUGGCGUUGUGGCCGAGACUCUUGGCAGAGUCGAGAACCCUCUGUAUACUUACACAAGAGGGGGGAUUGUCAAAGAUAUGUCUGUCUUCUACGUGGAGAGCGAGUCUACCUUCGUUUUCACACAGCCACUUAAGGGACUCAAGGGAAGCGAUGCCUCGAACUUCCACGAUGAAGAGGUUGCCGAGGACGAGAUUGAGUUCUCUGAUGAUGAAGCUGAGGCUGAUUACAAGAAGAGAUUGAAACAGAAGCGAAAGGAAGCCAGAGGUGGUGGUGCCGGGAAAUCCAAGAGAGAAAACCCCGGCCCGUCCAAACUGAGCCAAAGCGAACUCAAUUACGACAAUGAAGAAGGUGAGGAUGGUUACACUCCUCUUGCUCGCCCGAAGAACCUACACGAGAUGAUGGGUGCCCGCGAGGCACCAAUUGAAGGAAACGAGCGUGGACCUGCUUUCCGUAGCGAAAGAGGCCGAGGCCGAGGCAAUGACCGUGGCCAUGACCGUGGCCGUGGUGGUCGUGGAAGAGGCGGCAGAGGCCGUGGUGGCUCUUUUGAAGAGACCAGGACCGACGCCCUCAAUACCAGCAGACCAGCGGCAGCUCCUCAAACCCAAACUCAAGGAUACGGCCAACCAGCCUACACGCCUCAGCAGCCUGUCUACGGAAUGCCUCAGUCAUUUGCGUACCCACAAUUUGCUCCGCAACAGGGACUGUACCCCCAAGGUCAAGCCCCGACACAAUUCCCCUUCCAAUUACCCUUCCAGCCACAGGCUUUCCCUCAACAGCCUGCCUUCCAAUCGGUCCCUCAGGGUGCGCACAUCAACCCUCAAUUUUUCCUUGCCGCAUUGCAACAACAACAGCAGCAACAGCAGUACCAACAGCAGUACCAACAGCCUCAGCAAGCUCCUGCUCUGGGCCAGGGGCAGAACCCGACUAUGAACUUUGAUCAGGUCAAAGCCCAGUUGGAUCUGCUACGGAAUCUGAGCAACCAGAAUCAGAACCAAAAUCAGAACCAGGGCCCACCUCCUUCUUAG